AUGGAAAGGAUGAACACGUGUGUUAGAAUGAAGUCCAACAGCCAAAACAGAAAGAACUGACAAUUUUCACAACCCAGAAACUGUAACCAUGUCUGUGGCCUCAUCCCAACAGAGCUUUCUAGCAAACGCUCUUAUUCCACAGACCCACAAACCCAAAACCAAGUUCUUUACUUCACCAAACACUAUCUCAUGCAAAAGAAUCUCCUCAUCAGAUGAUGAUCAUCAGAAAGGCCUUUCCAGAAAGAAUGAGAACCAAUUUGCAAAGUUGGCAAUGGUGACAUUGGCAGCUGGUGUGUUGACUCUGGGCACUGUUGAUGAUGCUUCAGCUGCCAAGAGUGGCGGUAGAGUUGGUGGCCAGGCGUUCCGGUCUUCGGUUCCUCGGUCUUCCUCCCCUAGGAUCAAUAACAAUUCCAGGACCAAUAUAUACAUCAAUCCUCCUGUUGCUCCGCCAUUAGUAGGUGGUUAUGGGUAUGGUUAUGGAUCACCAUUCUUUGGUGGCUGGGGUUGGUCACCAUUUUCAUUUUUCACCCCAGGUCCUAGUGUUGCCAUUGGCAUUGGUGGCGGCUUCCAACUGUUAGCUAUUGCUGUGUUUCUUGGUGCCAUUGCUGCCGUAGCAAGGAGAUUCAACGCUUCAAGAGAUGAAGAAGAUGAUGAUUACUAUUAAUCGAGAACUUAUGUUGUUAGCAUACAAGGAACAGUAUAUAUUGUACUUUUGUGGCUACGAGACAUGCUGAGUAGCUAUCCUGCUGGUAAAUAUAGUAGCAUCAUGUAAUCUUGAUUUUCCAGUUAUUAAUGUAACGUAAUCAUGUUUAUACAUCAAGUCAUCUUGAAACUUUAGAUUCUCUACAACUCAACUUAAAAGUCUCCAGAAGAAGUCAGACCAAAAAGAGACUUCCAAAAUGAUCUUCCAUUAGUGUGUGCGCGUGCGUGUGAGGCGACCUCAGGGUUUAGACCUUCGUCUGGCUAUGUGUGAGGGGCUUCUCUUGGCUUUGCAGGAAUGGCUUCACUAAAAUUGGUAUGAAGGGCACUCAAAGCUCCCUUAUAGAUUGUAUUGUGGGAUUUGUGGGGAAGUGUACUAUACAUGGAAGGUUUCCACUUUUAUCAGAUAUUUGUCAUACAUUUCAUUAUCAUUCACCAGCUGCUUUGCUUUAGUCACUUUCUAUGGUUAGGAAGAAGGGUGAGUAAGAGCACACCAGUUGGAUUGAAAUUGGUCCUGCAAAUGAGAUAGGAAGAAGCGUGCAAAAUUUUAGGUGGCUGGUGUGCUGCACUUGCCUAUUUGUAUGCUCUAAAUGAAGAGCGACUACUGAAUGUUAGUUGAUAUGCAUUGUCUGAUUGCUUACCAAUGUA